CGGCGGCGUGGGCGUCCCUUGCGGCUGAUGGCAGCAAUGUUCCUUGGCGGAAGCGUUUGGGAACGGGGUGGCGGCUGCGUGUCGGCGGGCACGCCGAAUGUACGUGUACACGUCCAAAGCAGCAGACACGCCGUCACACGAUCGCCAUCGUUGUCGUCUUCGCAGGCGCACCUUCGUCGUCGAUGUGUACGCCGUGCACUCCGGUCGUCACUCGCAGCAUCGCUGUUGUGCGCCCCGGCACACAUGGAGUCUUCGGUACUUGGCGACGCCCACGUUGACAGUACCAGUUUCGGUGAUGGACAUGAACGGGAAGGCAGGCCGUGACGCACUGAGCAAGGCGGAGAGGACGGCGGUGGCAGCGGCCGUGAACGCCAUCCUCUUUCGGUGUCAAUUGCAGAGGAGGGAGGGGAGGAUGAGAGCGGCCAUUCGUGCAAGGCGGAAGAGGACGUUGCAGUCCAUGAAUGUGGAUGUAGAGGACACUGGUGCCAUUUGCGAAGCCGUGCUGCAGGUGUGCUACGCCAUGGGGUGUGGAGCAUUUCCCAGAGCGACACCCAGGUGGUGGAUGAAGCGACGGACAAGGGGGACGUGGGAGGAUCUGCGCCAAGGCGACGACGCGACGGCCGACUACUUCAAGGACAAGCUGCGCAUGUCGCCACGUGUAUUCCGAGAGAUCGCGGAAGCUCUGUCUCCCUUCCUUCAACGGUGUGUCACUUUCUAUAGGGAGCCUCUCCAGCCUGACCACAUUGUCGAGUACGCUUUGUGCAGGUGGGUGUCGGGGAAGACGUACGAGAGCGGGACAUCCAGCUUAAGCAUUGUCAUAUCUUUUGGGUUGUGCGCUGUGCGGGAUGUAACUGCGGCGUUGCUGAGUGCGUCGGGAAAGUUAUCGUGGCCGAUGGGGCUGCAGAAGGCGGUCGUCUUCCGUGCUUUGUUGACAAGGGUUUCCCCAACUGCCAUGGGUGCAUCGACUGCACCCACAUCUUCAUCAACAAGCCAGCGAAUUGCCCCGGGGAGGACUACUACGAUAGAAACGCCGUUUCUCCAUCCAGGCGUAGGUCGUCGUCGAUGUGAACUUGCGCGUGCUAGAUCUGUUCGUUGGAUAUCCUGGAAGUUGCCACGACGUGAGGAUCAUCCGCCUGUUGAGUUUAUGGACGCGCGCGGAGGCAGGGGAGCUUUUCAGUGGGCCACCUGUCAUGCUGCCUUUCGGUGUGCAGACGAACGGGUAUCUGCUGGGAGACAACGGUUAUCCCCCUCCGGAUGGGUAGUCGUCCCCUAUGGCGGUCUCUCACAGCACCCGUCGGAGCUGCGCUUCGACAACAAGCAGAAGACGGCGAGGGGAGAAGUUGAGAGGGCUUUCUACAGACUGAAGGGGAUGUGGAGGUUGUUCCUUCACUCCCACAAGACGAACAUGGAGAUGUUGCCGCAGCAGUUCGUCGCCGUCUGCAUUCUGCACAACAUACUCAUCGACGAAGGGAUCCCCUUCGACGACAAUCUUCUGUGGGAGGUCGGGCCGAACGAUGUGUGUCACAAGGUGGACCUUGGGAUGCAGCGGUCCUUGAGGCCGUUGUGUAUGAAGUCGUCGACGGGGGAUGCGCUCAUUCUGCGGGACGCAUUGGCGGAGCGAAUGGGCGCGCAGUGAACACGGCCAGGCGUGCGGAGCGAGCGGCUGCGAUGACGUAGCUGCGGCGAGAAAUCGGAGCACAUAACUCGGGGAGCAGGCGAGAUUAG